CCCCCCUUUCCCCCCCCCCCCAAAAAUCCCCCCCACCCCCCCCUUUCCCCCCCCCCUUCCCCCCCCCCCCCUUUCCCCCCUCCCCCUUCCCCCCCCCCCCCCCAAACCCCCCCCCCCUUUCCCCCCUCCCCCCCCCUUUUCCCCCCCCCCCCCCCCACCCCCCCCCCUUUCCCCCCCCCUCCCCCCCCAAAACCCCCUUCCCCCCCCCCCCCCCCCCCCUUUCCCCCCCCCCCCCCCUUUCCCCCCCCCCCCCCCCCCCUUUUUCCCCCCCCCCCCUUCCCCCUUCCCCCCCUUUCCCCCCCCCCUUUCCCCCCUUUCCCCCCCCCCCCCCCCCCCCCCUUUUCCCCCCCCCCCCCCUUCCCCCCUUUUCCCCCCCUUUUUUUCCCCCCCCCCCUUUUUUCCCCCCCCCCCCCCCCCCCCCCCCCCUUUCCCCCCCCUUCCCCCCCCCUUUCCCCCCCCCCCUUCCCCCCCCCCCCCACCUUUUCCCCCCCUUUUUCCCCCCCCCCCCUUUUUCCCCCCCCCUUCCCCCCAUUCCCCCCCCCCCCCCCUUUCCCCCCUCCCUUUCCCCUUCCCCCCCCCCCCCCCCCCUUCCCUUCCCCCCCCCCCCCCUUCCCCCCCCCCCUUCCCCCCCUUUUCCCCCCCCCCCCCCCCCCCCCCUUUUUUUUCCCCCCCCCCACCCUUUUCCCCACACUUCCCCCCCCUUUUUACACACCCCACCCCCUUUCCCCCCUUUUUUUUCCCCCCCCUUCCCCCCCCCCCCCCCCCCCCCCCCCCCCACCUUCCCCCCCCCCUUUACACCUCCCCCCACCUUUUCCCCCUCCCCCCCCCUUUCCCCCUUUCCCCCCUUUCCCCCCCCCCCCCUUUUCCCCCCCCCCCCCCCUUUACAAACCCCCCCCCACCCUUCCCCCCCCCCCCCCCUUUUUUCCCCCCCCCCCACCCCCUUCCCCCCCCCCCCCCCCUUCCCACGCCCCCCCUUUCCCCCCUUACACCCCCCCCCCCCCACCUCCCCCCCCACCCCCCCCCCCCUUUUCCCCCCCCCCCCCCCCCCCCCCCCCCCCCCCAAACCCCCCCCCCUUUUCCCCCCCCCCCCCCCCCCCCCCCCCUUCCCCCCCCCCACCCCCCCUUCCCCCCCCUUUUUUCCCCCCCCCCCCCUUUUUCCCACCCCCCCCCCCCCAAAACCCCCCCCCCCCUUCACCCCCCCCUUUCCCUUCA